AUGUGGGCUCUUCGCCGGACUUCGAGUUCUCUCAAGUUGCAAGGACUGAGGUUAGCAACAAGUCGAGCUGGAUGUGUUAAACUGGAAACAAUCUGUGGUCAAUUGGAAGUGAACACUAAUACUUUCGAGACUCCUUCAGCAGCAUACACUACUUCUCUGUUCCACCGCAGUGCUACUAUGUCUUCAAAGCUCUCUACCGGGAUGCGUGGCUUGUCUUCCCAGGUUGGCACUGAGACUAGUAGUUCAUCUGAAGAUGAUAUCGAUGAUGCAUUCUCCGAGCUGGAAGGUCCAGAGGUCAGCACUGAUGCAGUUCAGGACAAGAAGAAUACAUUUGAAGGAAAUGAAGAUGAAUUAGUUUCCGACCCCGACCUUUCUGACGAUGAUUUUAUGGAAGAGAGUUCUCAUGAUACAUUGGGAUUGUCGGAUACCGAGGCGGAUCCUACUGAGAAGCUUUUGACAAGGAAGAAACUCACGUCGGAACUGUUCAAUGCCAUUGUUAAGGAUCCGAAUUCAUCCAUUGAAGAUGUUCUCCGUAAGUGGGUGGAAGAAGGGAAGGAGCUUGGGAAGCAAGAGGUCACUGCAGCCAUCCUUAGUUGUCGCAAACGUCGGAUGUUUGGGAGAGCCUUACAGCUCUCUGAGUGGCUUGAGAAAAAGGAUGAAUUCGAUUUCGUUGAAAGGGACUAUGCUUCUCGUGUGGACUUGAUCGCCAAGGUACGCGGCCUGCAGAGUGCAGAGAAGUACAUUGACAAGAUACCGAAAUCUUUCAGAGGGGAAGUAAUCUACCGAACCUUUCUAGCAAACUGUGUCACAGCCAGCAACUUAAAAAAAGCUGAGGAAGUGUUCAACAAAAUGAGGGACCUGAACUUUGAACUCACUGCAUUCACCUGCAAUCAGCUCCUCCUCCUUUACAAGAGGCUCGAUAGGAAGAAGAUUGCAGAUGUCUUGCUCUUAAUGGAGAAGCAAAAUGUCAAGCCUACACCCUUCACCUACAAGCUCCUGAUCGACACCAAGGGCCAGGCGAAUGACCUAACGGGUAUGGAAGUGAUUGCUGAAACUAUGAAGGCUGAGGGACUAGUGCCGGACCUCACGACUCGAGCCAUCAUGGUUGGACACUAUGUAUCUGGCGGGCUCCGCGAAAAGGCCGAGUCAAUUCUGAAAGAGAUGGAAGCUGGCGACUUGAAGGAAAACCGAUGGGUUUGCCGUGUCUUGCUCCCUCUCUACGCUUCCUUGGGGAAGUCUGAUGAGGUGGCUAGGGUCUGGGAAAUAUGCAAGGCCAGCCCGAGACUCGAGGAGUGUGUCUCCGCGAUCGAGGCUUAUGGGAAGCUGAAGCAAAUCGAGCAGGCCGAGGCAGUUUUCGACAAGAUGGAACAGAAAUAUAAGAAGCUAUCUUCCAAGCACUACUCCACUCUCCUGAAGGUCUAUGCCAACAAUAAAAUGCUCUCCAAGGGGAAGGAUCUGGUGAGGAGAAUGGGGGAGAAUGGCUGCAGAGUUGGGCCCUUGACUUGGGACGCAAUGGUGAAGCUCUACGUUGAGGCAGGGGAAGUCGAAAAGGCGGACUCCAUGCUGCAGAAGGCGGUGCAGCAGAACAAGAUGAAGCCGAUGUUUAACUCUUACAUAACGAUCAUGGAUCAGUACUCGAAGAGGGGCGACGUGCACAACGCCGAGAAGAUGUUCGUCAGGAUGAGGCAGUCGGGUUACAUGGCUCGUAUGAGGCAGUUCCAAUCUCUUCUGCAGGCUUACGUGAAUGCUAAAGUGCCGGCUUAUGGGAUCAGGGAGAGGAUGAAGGCUGAUAACAUCUUCCCGAACAAGGCGCUGGCUGCUCAGCUGUCUCGUGUUGAUGCGUUUAGGAGGACUGCGGUUUCCGAUUUGCUCGACUGA